UGACAAUGGAUCGCAAUUCAAUCGUAACCGUGAAGACCCAAACCAUCGAAGUGUGAGGUUAAACCAACGAAGCGCAAGAACUGGUCCGAAUAUUGAGUCUGCAGGUUCAGAAUUUACUACGGUGCGAUUGAGAUCAAGACCGAGUGAGUGCAAACAUGCAUGGAUAUGUAGGUGCAACUAUAAUUAUGGCAAGAAUGCUUUUAGGAUAAUAGAAGCCUAAUGUGCAAUUAGAGUUUUUCAUGAGUCAACUACUAUUGAAUUGGAUUAUAAGAUUUCCCUCAUUUUUCUUGACAUUAAGGCAUGCAUGUAUUUCAAGUAAGUGAUAUAAUGGAAAGCAGAUGUCUUUACUUUUCUGGACAACCCAGUGGCGUAGGAAGGGGGGGCUCCAGGGGCUGGAGCCCCCUCAUCUUUUAAGGCUAUAAUUAUUAAGUAGAGAUGACUUAUCAAGCUGCACUAUGUAGAUAGCCGUACUUUUUCCUAUAGAGCCCCCCCAUUGAGAAAUUGCUUCCUACACCACCACUAUAUAAUAUAGUUUCAAGUUGAACCUACUGUACGUAGCCACCAACUGAGUCAGAAAUCUGAUCUGGCUUCAUUUGCUUGCAUGUUGCCUCAUUAAUAUUCUCUCUCUACCCCCACAUGCAUACACACCUGUCACUGCUAUCUAUCACAAUUCUCGGAAUGUAACUGAAUGAGCAGACAGAGUUGUUUGGGAGCCUGAGUUCGAAAAGAAAGAAACAAAAAAGAAAGCACGCAAAGCAAUGAAAAGUAUCAUCAAAAUUAAACCAGUUCCGAUAAAAGAAAAGAAGCCAAGUUGCUUUGAGUGUUUUAAACGAAAGAAAAAGGUCGAAGAUGGUGAGUCAGAAGAGCUUUUGCAACCACCAGAGGAGCUUCCAUCAACAGAACUUAGCCCAGAAAUGGAGAAAGCUAACAGUGAAGGUUAUGACAUGAUGAAGAAUGUGUUCUUUCCUUCGAUACCGGCACUGGUUCAAGAUCUGUGGGUGUAUCUCGAGCUGGGAAUCUCAAUUGCUGCAUUUGUUAUAGGAAUCCUUGGAACAGAUUUUCCACUCGAGUCGAACGUAGUGUUCCAAAUCGUGUACCUCAUUCUCACUUGCAUUGCCAUGGUUAUGGCUCUUAUGGAUGGAUUCAUCUACUUCUUCCAACUGGGAAGUUGUGCUAGAGGCAUUCGAGUGCUUAGUUCAUUUCUUAAAAAACGAAAAAAGAAGAGACAGGCAGGAGAAAAAGGCAAAGAAGAAGAAGAAGAAGAAGAAGAAGAAGAAGACGAAGACGAAGAUGAAGAUGAAGGAAAAACGAGAUGUGGAAUGAGUUCUGAGACUAGAGAAAAGUUCAACACUUGGUUUGAGUUGGCACGGAAUCUAAUCAAUGAGUUUCUCAUUUAUCCGUUAUUGAUUUUCGAUAUGUUUGCCUUAAUUUCUGAAGGCGAGAAUGGAGGAUACCUUCCUGAACCAGAUGAUGAAAAUGCUGGAAGAGAGCAAGCUGACUUUGGUUUUGUUGUGAUUGGGAGCUUUUACCUUAUCCUUGCUGUGUACAUCAUGAGAGUCGUCAUGGUAUUUGGAACUUUACUAUCACUUAUUCGAUUGCCUAGCAACAAAGAAGCAUCUGGAACCGACAAAGAGACUGGCCUACUGAUAAAAUUCUGCAUCCACAUUAUAGGUCAGAUUGCCGUACACUUUAUAAUCGUUGUGGUUCUAUGGGCGAAAAUUCGAAAUGAGAAUCAACCCUUGCUUAACAUGAACAGUAACUCUACAAUGAACGGAACAGCAAUGAUGACGAUGAACAAUGCAAACAAUACAAUGGGUGAUGACGAUGAGCCGGAUCCAGAAAUUAGAGCCAGUGCAUUCCUGAUAGCAGCAUGUGUGAUGGGUGGCAUAGUACCUCUCGUGGGCGUAACCGCUUUCUUUGUCGUGAAUUAUUUUUGGAUGCGAGAGUUCUCAAUUGGAUUCUGGUUGAAUAUGAUAUCCAUGUUGCAAGGAGCAGGCUUUGCUGAGACUGUGUUUGGAGGUGAAGGUCUUUCCGGUGCUGAAGAACAAGCUAACCAAUUUCUUGAUGAUUCAGGGUUUGAUACUGUCAAGGCGCAAAUUACUCGCCUCAAAGAACAGACUUUCUGGACCAAGUUUUUUUACCCUACAAAAGUUCCAUUUGUUGCUCUUUGUGGUGUUGUAUAUGAUCUUGCCUUAGUUGCAUUUGUGGCUGCUCUCAUGUUGACAAAUGAUGAAGCUGGAGUUAGGCUAGUGGUGUUCCAAAAUGACCCUUUUAUGACGAGUGCUUUUGUGAUUGCUACCAGUGUCAUUGUCAUCGCCAACAUUCAUGUCUUGAUCCUGCUCAAUUUCCUACUGCUGGUGAUGGUUUUCGUAGGAAUAAUUGCUAUAUUUUAUUCAUUUGCCUUAAUUCCGAUAAUUUUACUAGUUUACAUGCCAAUGGUUGGGUUCGUCGGUUACUAUUUUAUCUUCAAAAAAUCAGUUGGCAACUGUAGAAAGAAAUCAAACAUCGAAACAGAAGAUAUUGGAACUACUAUCUCAACGAAGAAUCUUGAUCAAGACUUGGAAUUGUCUGAAUUCAAUGGAGACAAGAGUAAGUACAUUGAAACAAAGGGAGGAAACGAAACUGCUAUGGCUAAUAUUGACUAUAGUGGAAAAGCUUCACCACUGAUGAUUGCCAAUACAUCACUCACUGAAAGUUAUGCUUGAUUUGUGUUAUCAUAAUUAAUACAUUAAUUUUUGUGUAAAUUAAUAUGUAGUAUAGCAUACAUGUUUUGCAACUUGAUAA